AUGGCAAAAGGUAAUAAUAUCUCUUAUGUUACUGAAUUCAUUCUCAAAGGAAUUACAGACCGGCCAGAGCUCCAGGCCCCAUGUUUCAUGGUGUUUUUAGUUAUCUAUCUCGUCACAGUGCUAGGCAACCUUGGCUUGAUUACCUUAAUCAGGAUUGAUGCUCGACGCCAUACCCCGAUGUACUAUUUUCUCAGUCACCUGGCCUUUGUUGACCUUUGUUACUCCUCUGCUAUUACACCAAAGAUGAUGGUGAAUUUUGUUGUGGAAUGCAACACUAUUCUUUUCCAUGCUUGUGCAACACAACUGGGCUGUUUUCUCACCUUCAUGAUCACUGAAUGUUUCCUUUUAGCCUCCAUGGCCUAUGAUCGCUAUGUCACCAUCUGUAGUCCCCUGCAUUAUUCAACAAUGAUGUCAAGAAGAGUCUGCAUUCAACUAGUGGCCAUUCCAUAUAUAUAUAGCUUCCUGGUAGCCCUCUUCCAUACCAUCAUCACUUUCCGUCUGACUUACUGUGGCCCCAAUGUAAUUAACCAUUUCUACUGUGAUGACCUCCCUCUCUUAGUGUUGUCCUGCUCAGACACACGCAUGAAGGAAAUUCUGAUUUUUGCCUUUGCUGGCUUUGAUAUGAUCUGUUCAUCUUCCAUUGUCCUCACCUCCUACAUCUUUAUCAUUGCUGCCAUCCUAAGGAUCCGCUCUACCCAGGGGCGACGCAAAGCCAUUUCCACCUGCAGCUCCCAUAUGGUGGCUGUUACUAUCUUCUACGGCACGCUGAUCUUUAUGUACCUACAGCCCAAAUCAAACCACUCCUUGGACACAGACAAAAUGGCUUCUGUAUUCUACACAGUGGUGAUCCCCAUGUUGAACCCCCUAAUCUAUAGUCUGAGGAACAAAGAAGUCAAAGAUGCCUCAAAGAAAGCCUCAGAUAAAUGUCGUGAAACCAUAAAGAUACUAAAAUUAAGAAAAUAAUAAUAC